GAUGUAAAAUAAAAAAAAGAAUAUAUCUGCACAUACUGUGAUUGAUGUAGAAUCAAAAAGUACAAAAACUGUUUAUAAACUGAUAGUAAUGGUUUUAUGUAGUGAUAUAUGUAUUUAUUUUAAAUGCAUUGGAAGUGUUUUACCUUAUUAGGAAUUAAUUUACCUAUUCAUUUUCAUGAGUGUCCUGACACAGGCUGGUCACUCUGGGCCAUAUUUUAAAAGCAGUUACUCCAGUCUUUAACUAAUUAACAUUUUUUUUAAAGUAGAAAAUGCCAUGUAAAUUAUAUAAAACUGAGAAGCAAACAGCUUUAAUGUGUAUCAAAAUCCAUGAAUAGAAGUAUUUAAGUUACGGUCCUAGUUUUAUAAAAUCAACAGCUUUUUUUUCCUCUAAAAAUAUAUAUAUAUUGUAGCGAUCCGUGCAUUCAUGUGAUGGUAUUUUGUGUUCUGUAAUCCCCGCUGUAUUGUGUUCCUUUCCCCUCUGUAUUCCCGCAGUUGCUUGUUUAGCUUUGUCUCUGUGCCGGUCUGUGUAAUGUAGCCUGCGUGCAUGGUGCUUUCUGUGUCUCCCCUGUGAUUGGUUGUUGUUCGUCUGUGCCCAUUGGUUCCAGUGUGCAGCUGAGGACUAAUGGGAUGUGUGUAAGCUCCGGUACCUGAUUACUAUAAAGGGGCGGAGCAACGCUAUAAAAGGGCGCUGCGCCGCCAAUCUUGUGUGUGUGGUUCCAGAGAGCAAUCAGAGAGCAGUGGACUCUGAGGGGUUGCUUUUGAACUGAUUUCAGCCUGUUGUCUCCCUUCUUCCCUGCCUGCCUGAGCAGAACGUUACUAUAUACCAUAUUACUUUGAAUUAAUGGCACCCUCGAAUUAACACUCAGAUAUCAGCUUUUUAAUAGACACCGCCCUCGAAUAAACGCUGCUCUCAAUAAAGAAACGCGCAACUCUGCCUAUGUACAUGACACGCCCGAAGAGACUACAACCUCAAUCCAGCAUGUAAUACAAACUAAUGUACACCCACCUUAGUAAGCAAAUGUUAUUUUAUAGUACAGUCCUGACAGACAACCCAAGAUGAACUACUUACAGCAGAGCAGUCCUUCACGUCCCUUUUUUUCCAGCAGAGUUCAGUGCCAACACAGAAGGGGAUAAAACAAGGGCUGUCAGUUUACCUUGUCGUCAGCUUGGAUGGUGAAAACUUAAACUCAGAGGAACUUAGAGCUUUGCCGGUCACUCUAAGCGCUAUCCAAAAGCUGGCUGAAGAUAUCUUCUUGUAUGGGGUUUUGUUGUUUUGUUUUUUAUUCAACUGGAAUUUUACUCAGUCCUGUACAAUUAUAUAUAUAUAUAUAUAAACUUGCUUACUAUCUAUGAGAUUUAGUUCAACAUGUUUCUACCUUCAGCCAAAGCCUUUCUCUCCUGAAUCUAUAUAUGAAUGGAGCAAUAUUACUGAACUGUCCGCGUCUCGCUUUGUUGUUGUUGAAAGAUGCUGAGUCUGUUCGUCAGUCGAUUUGACAGGCUGUGAUUGGCUCUCGGCAGUUGCAGGUACAGGAUUGGCUGCUUUUGUUGAUGCAAAGUAUUGAUUGGCUGGUUUUGAAGGAUAAUAAAAUUAAUUUGGACCAAUUGUGUCUUUGUUUAGUAUUUACUGUCCAAUAGUGAACUAAGAUUAAAAAUACAGCAAGUCAAAAAGAAAAAGCCAGCACGCGUGGAUUGAUUUUAAAUUUUGUUUUCACAGUUGGUGCCAAGACAUUCCAGCGCACAUCUACCGCUAGAACUGGAUAAGCAUCCAGAAUUAUUCUUUCCAGACUUUAACUGGUUACCUGGUGGAAGAAAUUCCGGCUUCAAUAAAUGGAAAACAGUUUAUAAUAACCAGAUUUAGUAUGGAACUGAUUUCAGGCCCUUGAUCAUUUCAUUUACACAUGGCAUACUUCUCACACUGGAAUGGGUGCAGGACAAUUGGAAUUUCAUACUAUAGGUGUAUUUAUGCUAGUGACGGGUGAAUCCAGUCAAACAGGAGGUGGGGAACAGGAAAGGUAGACUGGAGCCAAAUGACUCAUGAGUAAGACCAUAGCAGCAAGUCAGUACAAGUCCAUGUUAGGAGCACAGACUGAGACAUCAACAACAAUUACAACUGUAUUCAGUGAUAUACAGUACAGAUCUGUCAUCAACCACAAAUAUAUGGUUAUUCAAAUAAACUUACCAAUGAUUUCAAAUACUACGGAUUUGUGCUGACUCAGCAGUGUCUUCAGUAUAGCUUCAGAAUUUUGGUACAUUUUCAUUAGUUGCUUCCAAAGUUCUAUAGAACUCUGUGCCACUACUCACUUCAACAGCUGGGCAUUUGUCUCUGUUUACGAGUAUUUCCCUAUAUAGUGUGAAAUACUGAAUAGCAAUAAGCAAUGUUUUAAUGGUAAUAUUUUGCAAUUUGAGUUGAAGUCAAGAUUCAGCACAAGUUACAUUUGAAAUAUACAAGAAUUUCUGUGUUGCACUUGCAUAAUUAUUUAUAUUUAUUCUAACAUUACUGAAAAACAUGAUGUGCGAUAUACAGAUGUAUAACUUGCGUGGUUUUGAGGUAAUUAAAGUGAUGCACCAUUGGUUGAUAUUUUCAUGGAAUGUCUGAAAAACCACACACAUUUUUGUCAAAUUAUCACUUUUGACACCCUGACAAAACUUAACGAUAGGCUAUAGAUCAAAUCUAUUUGCUAAAAAACUGAUACAUGAUAUGAGGAAUAUUAGGAACCUUCUUAAACACUUCUAACUCAGGCAGAACACAUUUUUGAGCCACUAAAAUUGAAAAAGUCCAACAAGAGCUUAAUACGUGACUCUAUGUGACCUUUGACCUCUGCUAAUGUCACAUGAUCAUACUACCCCACACAGUGACAUAUUAAAUAAAAAAGUUGAUCAAUGCACUGAUACCACUUUUGUGUUAAUCCAAUGUGUAAAACUCUUAACUUUUUAAAAUAUUAAUUUCAGUUAAGUUGUAUGGAAAACACAUUUACCACAUUGCCAAUGAUGUGCCUAACCAGGGAUAAUGUCUUAGGACCUAGUUUGUCCCCCAAAAAACACUGUAAAAAUUAUCUCUACAGGUGAUAGACAAUGUAUUAGGACCUAAUCUGUCCCAAAAACACUAAAAAAUAUCUCUACAGGUGAUAAAGAUUCAAAACAAAUGUUGUUUUGAAGAUAAGCUGAUGUUUGGACCAAGGAAGUGUUAUGGAACUUAAUGACUGAUGCAAAACAACGAGGGGCUAUUGGGAAAAACAAACAAGCAGCUACGAAAGAUGUAAUCAGAAACAGUGAUAAUGAAGACAGGGUUGUUGAAGACUGCUGUAACCAAGUUAGGUAUGAAACGGGGUCAUUCGGGGAAAGAAAAGAAGACGACUGUACUUUCUGGUUUUCCGAAAUAGCAAAGCAUACUGGGUUAAUCCAUCAAAUGGAACUCAUUCGUCACUAUGGAAACUAAUCAGAAAGAACACCUUGGCAAGCACUACAAUCCCACAAUUCACUGCAGAGAUGACUAAUUUCUAAGGAAACUAAGGAAAGUGAAAAAAAAUCGAUUUCAUAUCAAAAGGAUAAAAGAAAGGUGAUAAAGAUUCAAAACAAAUGUUGUUUUGAAGAUAAGCUGAUGUUUGGACCAAGGAAGUGUUAUGGAACUUAAUGACUGAUGCAAAACAACGAGGGGCUAUUGGGAAAAACAAACAAGCAGCUACGAAAGAUGUAAUCAGAAACAGUGAUAAUGAAGACAGGGUUGUUGAAGAGAUGACUAAUUUCUAAGGAAACUAAGGAAAGUGAAAAAAAAAUCAAUUUCAUAUCAAAAGGAUAAAAGAAAGGCGUCCAGGAGAGCCCCCUGUAGAAAAUGGCUUAAUCCCAUACCUUGGCUGCGCCCUGCAGUUUGGCGCCAACCCUCUUGAGUUCCUUCUUUGUAGGCAAAAGACGUACGGGCACAUCUUCACAUGCAAAAUUGCUGGUCAAUAUGUUCAUUUCCUCACUGACCCAUUUUCAUACCACUCUGUGAUGCGCCAGGGAAGGCAUCUGGACUGGAAAAAAUUUCAUUUCACUGCCUCUGCCAAGGCCUUUGGACAUGAAAGUAUGGAUCCAAGUGAUGGCUACACAACUGAAAACCUGCACCAGACUUUCAUAAAAACAAUGCAGGGAGAAGCCUUGCAGACCCUCACUGAAACAAUGAUGGAAAAUCUCCAAUGUGUUAUGUUGCAAUCAGACACACACAAAAUCAACUCCAAAGACUGGGUGACAGAAGGGAUUUUUGCUUUCUGCUACAGGGUGAUGUUUGAAUCAGGCUAUUUAACACUCUUUGGCAAAGAACUCAAUUCCCAGGAAGACAAAAAUCUUGCCAGACAUGAAGCACAGAGAGCACUGGUCCUUAAUGCCCUUGAAAACUUUAAAGAGUUUGACAAAAUUUUCCCCGCCCUCGUAGCUGGCCUCCCAAUCCGUGUGUUCAAAAGUGGACAUAGUGCCCGAGAAAAUCUGGCAAAGACUCUCCUACACGAAAACCUCAGUAAAAGGCAUAAUGUGUCUGACCUCAUUUCGCUCAGAAUGUUUCUGAAUGACACCUUAUCUACUUUUAAUGAUAUGAGUAAAGCACGGACCCAUGUAGCUGUGCUAUGGGCAUCACAGGCCAACACGUUGCCUGCCACAUUCUGGACUUUAUUUUAUUUGAUCAGGUGCCCAGAUGCAAUGAAAGCAGCAACGGAUGAAGUAAAGAAAACUUUAGAGAAUUCUGGCCAAAAAGCAAGUUUAAAUGGCCACCACAUUUCCUUGGAGAAAGAGCAGUUGGAUGAAAUGCCUGUAUUAGACAGCAUCAUUAAGGAAGCUAUGAGACUGUCAAGUGCAUCUCUCAAUGUCAGAGUUGCCAAGGAAAACUUUGCAUUGCAGUUGGACAACAGCCAAUCAUACAACAUUCGUAAAGAUGAUGUAAUAGCCCUGUACCCUCAGCUGCUCCAUUUUGAUCCUGAAAUUUAUGAAGAUCCUCUGACCUUCAAGUAUGAUCGUUACCUGGAUGAAAAUGGCCAAGAGAAGACCACAUUUUACAGAAAAGGUCGCAAAUUAAGAUAUUACUACAUGCCUUUUGGCUCCGGAGUGACAAAAUGUCCUGGACGAUUCUUUGCUCUGCAUGAAAUUAAGCAGUUUUUGUCUCUUCUGCUUUCCUAUUUUGACAUGGAACUUUCAGAUAAAAAUGCUAAAAUCCCACCCCUGGACCAGUCUCGAGCUGGGCUAGGCAUUUUGCAGCCCACCUAUGAUGUUGACUUUAGGUACAAGCUGAAGUGUCUAUGAAAGACUUGUUGUACUAAAAUGUUGGAUUGUACAUUUUGCAUAAUAUUUCAAAUAAGGUUUAAACUCUUGCCUUUUUGUACAGAGAUGAUACAGAUAUAGAUAUAUAUUUUUUCUAAACUGUUUGUAUGUAUGAAUGUAUAUAUAAUGUACAGAAUAUAUUAAACUCUUAUACAUAACGAUCUACAAAAAGGAGAUAUUUUCAGUAAUAUUGACAGUAUGAUAUAUUUGUAUGAUUUUAUCUUCUACAGUGUUCACAUCAUGCCUUAUAUUGUAUUUGAUAUUAGAAAUAGCUCAGUGCCUGCAUAAAUGCUGAUGCUAAAACAGCUACACCUGCAUGGCAUGAUACGCCUCCUUAUUUUCAAUAUAUCAAAACUAUUUUUUUCCCUUUGCUGCUGACUCAGUUUGACUAUUUUUAAACUAAUCUUUUAAAUUAAAGAUUGCUAUAAAUGCUUUUAUUUAAUAGAUAAUCUUAUUUUGUAUUUUGUAGAUACUAUGAAUUGUUUAGUUAAAUUAACAAAUAUAUUAUUGUCACGUGUAGUUCAACGGAUGUACUUAUAUAUGUCAUAAGAAUGUGUGCAGCAUUUUUGCUUUGGAAGGUUUUCAGGUAGACUGUAUGCAAACUGAAUUUGUGUGUAAGAGAAUAUGUCAGAUAUGCCACUGAAAUAUUUAAAUUCAAUAUAAGAAUCCUAUUGCGACAAUUUGGUGUCAGAGUAAAUCGGCAUGUAUGUGAGUCUUUUCUAUUUCAUGCACAUACAAAUGUAAAGCGAUAGGAAAAAGGGGAAGACAAUAAAGACACUGACAAAUA